AUGUCUUUACCUUCUGAAGUUGAAAUUAAAUCACUUAAAGAAAAAUAUACUGCUGCAGGACAAGAUCAUCUUUUUACUUUUUAUGAUGAACUUGAACCUGAUCAAAAAAUUUCAUUAUACAAUCAACUUUCUAAACUUGAUGUCGACCGUGUGAACAAAAUUUUUAAAAAGUCAAUUUCCGUUUCAGAAAAUACUUUGGAACAACAAAAUUUGGAACCUUUACCUGAUAAUGUAUUUGAUUCGACUAUAGAUUCUGACGAGGUUAAAGUGAAGGAAUGGAGGGAAGUGGGGUUAAAAAAUAUAGCUCAAAAUCGAGUUGCAGUGAUUUUAAUGGCUGGUGGUCAAGGAACUAGGCUAGGGUCUACAGCACCAAAAGGAUGUUACGAUAUUCACUUACCUUCAAGCAAAUCAUUAUUUCAACUUCAAGCAGAACGUAUUUUAAGAUUGCAAAAACUUGCACAAGAAACAGUAAGUGUUCCUGAUUCAGUAUUUAUUCCAUGGUAUGUGAUGACGAGUGGCCCAACAAGAUUAUCAACAGAAGCUUUUUUUAAAGAUCAUAAUUACUUUGGAUUGAAAAAAGAAAAUAUUGCUAUUGCACCUGAUGGAAAUGGUGGUAUAUAUGCUGCUUUAAGAAAUGAAAAGGUUCUUGAUUCAUUAAAAUCCCGUAAUAUUAAAUACGCACAUGCAUAUUGUGUUGAUAAUUGUCUAGUCCGUGUUGCUGAUCCUGUAUUCAUUGGUUAUUGCAUUUCAAAUAAUGCUGAUUGCGGAGCAAAAUGUGUUCGUAAAUCUUCACCAGAAGAACCUGUUGGUGUUAUUGCACUUCGUAAUAAAAAAUUCAAUGUGAUAGAAUAUAGUGAAAUUGAUUCAGCAGUUGCCGCCAAAACCAAACCAGAUGGAAAACUUUUAUAUGGUGCAGCUAAUAUAGCAAAUCAUUUUUACACAGUGGACUUUCUUGAUAAAGUAGAAUCUUUUGAGGAUGGGCUUGAAUAUCAUAUAGCUAAAAAGAAAAUUAAGCAUGUUGAUCUUAAGACUGGGGAUACCGUGUCACCAUCCAAACCAAAUGGAAUGAAACUUGAGUUGUUUGUUUUUGAUGUUUUUCCUUUUACAGAACGUAUGGCUGUUUUAGAGGUUGACAGAAAAGAAGAAUUCUCGCCUCUUAAAAAUGCACCAGGUACUGGCGCUGAUGAUCCAGAUACUAGUAGAAGAGACAUUAUCAAUCAACAUGUGAGAUUUGUUGAAAAUGCUGGUGGUAAAGUAAUCAAAGGUGACGCAGAUUCGUCAUUUACUUUUGAAAUUUCGCCAUUAGUUUCUUAUGCUGGUGAAGGUUUAGACUCAUUAAAAGGAAAAACAAUCAAGACACCAGUUACUAUUGAAAAACCAGAAGAUUUGAAUAAAUUUUAA